CGUGCCCAGCGCCGCCAUCGGCCGCCGAGCGCUGCGAAUCGCCUGCGGGUCCCGUUACCGGGGUAACCGCGGCGCCGACUCCGCGCAGGCUGGGACCUUCUCUCCGCGCCAUUUUCAAACUGUCCCAGAGCCGGAGCCGGAGUCUAGGGCUGAAGGAGCCAGCGAGAGAGGCGAGGCCUGGGAGGUGAUGCGGCCGCAGGCGGAGGGAGCGGCGGCCGGAGGUGCGGGGCUUUAAUUUUGGGGAGUGAAUAAAACUACUUUUGGAAGACAAGAUGACUACAGCUGCAGAAAGAAAGUAUAUUAAUAUUAGAAAAAGAUUGGAUCAGUUGGGAUACCGCCAGACUCUGACAGUGGAGUGUUUACCUUUGGUAGAAAAACUUUUCAGUGACCUAGUUCAUACAACAGAAAGUCUUCGGAAAUCAAAAUUAUCUGCUGUGAAAGCUGAAAAAGAAAGUGCCAAUUUUGAUUUUGUUUUGGAACCUUAUAAACUUGAAAAUGCAAGAUUGAUAAAGGAAAAUAAUGAAUUAUACCUGGAAUUAAUGAAACUGAGAGAACAAUCAAGCCAACAUAUUAAAGAGUUGAAAACUACAUUGAAGAAGUGUGCACGUGAAACAGCUGAUCUGAAGUUUCUAAAUAACCAAUAUGUUCAUAAACUCAAACUUUUGGAAAAAGAGAGUAAAGCUAAGAAUGAAAGAAUUCAACAACUUCAAGAAAAGAAUUUGCAUGCUGUAGUACAAACUCCAGGUGGCAAGAAAAGAAGUAUUGCUUUCAGGCGCCAGCGUAUGCAGAUAGACGAACCAGUCCCUCCCUCCGAAGUCAGUUCAUAUCCAGUUCCUCAGCCAGAUGACCCUUACAUUGCAGACCUCCUGCAAGUGGCUGAUAACAGAAUUCAAGAACUUCAAGAGGAAGUCCACCAGUUACAAGAAAAGUUAGCAAUGAUGGAAAGUGAACUGCGAGAUUAUAACCAGCAGAUUGAGCUAAGAGAACGAGAGAUAGAACGACUAUCAGUUGCAUUGGACAGUGGCCGUUCCCCUGAUGUCCUCUCUCUGGAGACUAGAAACAAAACCAAUGAAAAGCUUAUUGCUCAUUUAAAUGUUCAGGUUGACUUUCUUCAGCAAGCUAAUAAAGACCUGGAGAAGCAUAUACAGGAGCUUAUGGAAACCAAGGAAACCGUAACUACUGAAGUUGUUAAUUUAAGUAACAAAAAUGAAAAACUCUGCCAAGAAUUAACCGAAAUAGACCAGUUAGCACAGCAGUUGGAAAGACAUAAAGAAGAAGUGCUUGAGACUGCUGAUAAAGAACUUGGGGAAGCAAAGAAAGAGAUUAAAAGAAAGCUUUCUGAAAUGCGGGAUCUUGAAGAAACAAUGGCAAAACUUCAACUGGAAUUAAACUUAUGCCAUAAAGAAAAGGAGAGACUGAGUGAUGAACUCCUUAUAAAAUCAGACCUGGAAACUGUUGUUCAUCAGCUUGAACAAGAAAAGCAAAGACUUAACAAAAAAAUGGAAAGUUUUGCAGUUACAGAAAGAGAACUUACUCUGGAAGUUGAAAGGAUGAGGCUAGAACACGGAAUAAAACGUCGAGACAAGUCACCCUCUCGUUUAGAUACAUUUCUGAAAGGUAUAGAAGAAGAACGAGAUUUUUAUAAGAAAGAGCUGGAAAGACUCCAACAUAUAAUACAGCGAAGAUCUUGUUCUACAAAUCAUUCUACACGUGAAAAAAUUCCAAUAUUUAAAACACUAGAAAAGGGUGAUUACAACUCAGAAGUUCAUCUGAUCACAAGAGAAAGAGAUGAACUUCAGCGUAUGCUGGAAAGAUUUGAAAGACAUAUGGAGGAUAUACAGUCCAAUGUUAAAUUGUUGACAGCAGAAAGAGAUAAACUAAGUGUCUUAUAUAAUGAAGCUCAGGAACAGUUACGUGCCCUAAGACAAGAAUCCACCCAAACCACAGCCUCCCAUAAUAUUAUUAGUCUUAUGGAAAAAGAAAAAGAACUUGCAUUAUCUGACUUAAGAAGGAUUAUGGCAGAAAAAGAAGCUUUAAAAGAAAAGUUAAAAAAUCUCCAGGAAAUGAGUAUUUUUGAAAAAUCAAAAUUAGAGAAAACUAUCGAACAUUUGACACGUGUUAAUCAUCAGCAUGAAGAUGAAAAGUGUGAAUUAAAGUCUAAAAUGUUAAUAAUGAAAGAAACAGUAGAGUCAUUAGAGAACAAAGCAAAACUCCAAGCUCAAAAACUUAGCCAUGUGGCUGGUGACUCAUCUCAUCACAAAACAGAGAUGAACUCACUUAGGUUAGUAAAUGAGCAGCUACAGCAGUCACUUGAUGAUUGUCAGCAUCGGCUUUCCAAAAAAAGAGGUGAACUUGAAUCAGCCCAAUCACAAAUUAACUUACUGGAGGAAAAAAUAGGUAAACUACACCUUCAGAUGACUUCACAGAGUGAAGAGGCUCAUGUAAUGAAAAAAACCAUUGGUGCUAUUGAUAAAGAAAAAGACUUUCUUCAGGAGACUGUAGAUGAGAAGACCGAAAAGAUUGCAAACUUGCAGGAAAACCUGGCUAAUAAAGAAAAAGCUAUUGCUCAGAUGAAGAUAACAGUCUCAGAGUAUGACUCUUCUAUGAACCAGCUAAAGGAAACGUUGACUAGUCGGGACCGAGAAAUAAGCAGCCUCCGGCGCCAGCUUGAUACAGCUCACAAAGAACUUGAUGAAGUAGGAAGAUCUAAAGAAGUGUCUUUUAAGGAAAACAGAAGAUUACAAGAUGAUUUGGCUACAAUGGCAAGAGAAAACCAGGAAAUCUCAUUGGAAUUGGAAGCAGCAGUGCAAGAAAAAGAAGAAAUGAAGAGUAGAGUUCAUAAUUACAUAACUGAGGUGUCACGAUGGGAGAGCUUAAUGGCUGCUAAGGAAAAAGAAAAUCAAGAUUUGUUAGAUAGAUUUCAGAUGCUUCAUAACCGUGCUGAAGACUGGGAGGUCAAAGCCCAUCAAGCUGAGGGAGAAAGCAGCUCAGUUCGACUGGAACUUCUUUCUAUUGACACAGAGAGGAGACACCUUCGAGAAAGGGUAGAGCUACUAGAAAAGGAAAUUCAGGAGCACAUAAAUGCACAUCAUGCUUAUGAGUCUCAGAUCUCAUCAAUGGCAAAAGCCAUGUCUAGAUUAGAAGAAGAGCUGAGACACCAAGAAGAUGCAAAAGCAGCAGCGUUGAAUGAUUUGUCGUCUCUCAGAGAACUUUGCAUUAAGCUGGAUUCAGGCAAAGAUCUUAUGACCCAACAACUGAAUUCCAAAAACCUGGAGUUUGAGAGGGUUGUGGUGGAAUUAGAAAAUGUAAAAUCAGAAGCAGAGCUGUUGAAGAAACAACUGGCAAGUGAGAGACAUACAAUUAAAAGCCUUGAAUCAUUGUUGGCUACAAAUAGAGAUAAAGAAUUUCAUUCUCAUUUAACCUCCCAUGAGAAGGAUACAGAAAUUCAGCUACUUAAAGAGAAGUUAACCCUUUCAGAAAGCAAAUUAACUAGUCUAGGCCGGGAAAACACCAUGCUUCGGGCUAAAGUGACACAGUUACAAACCGAUCAUGAUUCUAUGAAAAGGCAGAUUUCAACUGAAAGAUAUGAACGAGAAAGAGCAAUCCAAGAGAUGCGUCGACAUGGUCUUCCCACACCACCCCUUAGUUCAACUCUGAGGUCUCCUUUACAUUCUCCUGAACAUAUAAGCUGUUAAUUAUCAUAAAGAAUGGUGGCUUUCAAUGAGUUACCUCUGUGGAUUUUUUAAAGGACAGAACAGUAAUGAAAUAUUUGAAGUACUUGUUCUUGAAAAUCAUGAACAUUGACACAAAUUCUACCUCUGUCAACUUUUAUUUAAAUCAGUGAAUAUUUAUAUAAAAAUUUUGGUUUAAAAGAGCCAUAUCUAUGUGUAUAUUUUUAUAUAUAUGACAGAACAAAAUAUGUAUUAAUAGUGCUAACUAAUGUUAUAUCUAUAUUUAUAUUAUUCCUCACUUAAAUUGCUCCUCAAAGUGUGUGUUUAUACUGUGAAUUAAUAUAAUGUAUUGUUCACAUUAUGCUUUAAUAAUCUUUUUCAUAAUGAGCCAUAUGUGUAUAUAAAUAUUCUUACAAUACUUAUUUUCAAAGUGUUUUCAGUUUUCAUGCCUGUGUUUAUAACCCAUAUCUUUAAUACAUUCAUAUAGGAUUAUCAAUCUUGAUGCUGUGCUGUCAUGCUUUUUCUUCUAAAUGUAAAAUUGUUCACCAAUUUGCUGUCUAUCAUCAAGGGUAAUAUAUUCAGGUCUAUUUUCACAAUAGCAGAGGUCUUGAUAAAAUAAUAAUUACUGUAUAUCAUUUGUUAUUGUCAACUUGAAGAACUGUGAUGGGAAAGAUACAUUUAUAUAUUAUAUGCAAUAUUUUAUUAUUUUGGUUAUCACAUGGACUCUUCACUUAAUACAAAUUCUAUCAAAAUCAAACUAAAAGCCACAUUCAGAAUUUUGUAAAACAAUAGAACAGAAAUUUGGGACACUUUUUCAGUAAAUAAAAUUCCUCCCUGUAUUAAGAAAAAAAUUCAGACCAUAAAAGUAUAUGGGGUAAAUAUAGGAAAAGAUUUUGUUAAAAUGCCAGUAUACAUUCAAUAAUACCAGUUUUUGCUUCUAAACUUGUAUGUUGUAAUUUAUUAGUCUUACAGAAUAGUAUGUAAACACUGAACUGUGGCAUGUAAAUAGAAAACAACUUUUUACAAUUAAUUUUCAAGGUUGUAGUUUUAAGGAAUUUAGGUAUAUCUAAAUAUGUAUAUAUAUACACACAUUAAUAAAAGAACAGAAGUACAAAAUAGAAUGUCAGAUUCAAAAACUAAUCGUGUUUGAACCAUACACAUUUGGAGAAAAUCCUUUUCUUGGUAGGUUUCAUUAUGAUUGAAAAAGAAGAACUUAAGAACGAACAUAAGAAAGUGGAAGACCAGUUGGUUAUGAUACAGUUUGUUUCCUCUUGUGGUUUUAACACAGUGGAAUUUGUGUAUGUGUGUUUGUGUGUACCUGGGGGUGGGCAUUGCUCUUUUCUAAAACUAAUAUGCCUUAUAUGUCUGGGAUAUGGUAUAUGCCAUUUGCAGUAAUUCACUGUGUAUUUGAGUGUGAUGUGGUUUAUUUUUCUACCAUAUUUGUAAUUUUAUGUAUUCCAUCUCCUUUGUGUGAAUUCAUAUAGCAAAAUACAAGAGAAAUGGGACUAAUUUGCAAUGUCAUAUGGAAAAUCUUUUAAUAAAUAUAUGUAAAUAAAAUAAAAAAUAUUCCCACCUUUUCCCCCAAA